UGAGUAUUAGCAUUUGAUUCUUACUACUGUUUCUUACUUGUAAUUAAUCUGUUGUCCUUUAACACUCUUUAACCGCUAAUUUAUAAAAUAAUGGUUUCCAAAGGAUUAAUCUCUUCUAGAGCUGCAGCUUACGGUGUGCCAACAACAUGUUAUUGUGACUCUCACUUCAAAGAAAAUUGGAAAUCCUUAUUGAAGAUUCUACCGCUUCGCUCAAGAGGUACGUAUUUACUAGCUAGUAGAAAAUAUUGUAGCCAAAAGAUUACAAUGGAGCUUGAUAUGAAGGUAAGUAUUCUAGAUGCAAAACAUAUUUGUAAAAGAAGUAAAUAUAUGAAACAUACGUGGAAAAGAACUGAUGAUUGAUAUCGAUUAAUUUAUCACAUUUCACAGUUUUAAUUCAAUAUGUGGAAUUAUAGUUUAGGUAGUUUAAUAAUUAAAAUUUGAAGUUUAGGAGGUUUAGUGAUGAAGUUUAAGUUUUUUUUGGGGCGGAUUAGGUCUACUGAUGUUAGCCCUAUUAGCUGGUGUAAAGUUACUGAACUUUGGAGUAACUCUUACUAAUGAAUCAGCGGUUGUUAUUUUAAUAACCAAAGUAUUCAGAUUUUGGGUUAAUUAGUUUGCAAAAAAGUUAGAGAUGUCAAUGAUACUUGAUCCGACACACGAUGACAAGGACAGCUUCCAAACUCCACAGUAUCAUACAAGAGAAAAGAACACAAUGCGCGUGGGGUUGCUUUAGAUUCCUUUGUAAAUCUUGCUACUUCUUAGAAAUUUGACAUGGCACUAUCUCUAAUUAAGAGAGAGAAAUAGACACUCUUUUAGUUUCGAAAUAAAAAAUAUCAGGCUCCUUUUUCUUGAUAUACAAAAGAAUAUAUUAUGUCAUCAUGUAUGAUGAGAUAAAGUAUGGGAUACAGUUCCCUUGUUAGUUGUUUCUUUUUUCUUUUUAUUAUCUAUAAUGGGUAUGAUGUAUACGUGUAUGUGAGUAUAUAUAGGUUAAGUCUUACUCUCUUUGCACAACAUCUUUAUGGGUCUCACUUUCUCUCCCUCACUCACGCAUACUCUCUACUUUCUCACACACUCUCGUUAGAGUUUUAUUUGUUUUUUCUUGACUAAAGGUUUCUCUCUCGUUAAAUUUUGUUAUCAUGAAAGACACCAAGAAGAAGACUCCAUGCAGCAAGAAGCUUGGAGGAUAUUUGAGAGAGCAAAAGGGACGGCUGUACAUCAUCAGAAGAUGCGUGGUCAUGCUCAUUUGUUGGAGUGACUAAACAUUUGCGGCUCCUCUACAUAUACACAUCAGUACUAGAUAGCAUAUUGUGCUCGCAAUAUCUAUUUUUGUUGUACUACUGAUUUAUGAUUGAAGAGAGGGGUUGGAUCUUUGUGGCUAUAAGCGAUGCGAGAUGAGUUCACGAGAUGGAGUUCCUUUUAUCUCCGAGGUGUUGCUCCAAUAUAAGUUUAGAUAAUAGUUUUUUUUUCUUGAAUUAGCUAGCAUGGAAAUGAAUAAUUAAUUAGAUCAUGUUUUUAUAUUAGUGUAUGAUAUAAAGUAAGGAGAGAAAACAUGAGCACAGUUUGUCAAUGCAUAUAGGAUAUUUUCUAGGGAAAUAUAUUUUCUCUCGCUGACUCUCUUCCAAGUCUUCAUUAUUGUUUUGAUAUUUAACAAUAAUAAUAAUCAUAGAAUAAUAAUAAUCAAAGAUGCCAAUUACUACUA